CCAAGCAGCACAGCAGCCAUGGACAAAGGAGAGCAACUCUGCGAGGCGGCGAGGAACGGAGACGGGGGCAAGGUGAAAGCUCUGAUAGACUCAGGAGCUGAGGUAUCGUACUUCGACAGCGAUGGUCUGACACCACUCAUGCACGCGGCCAAGCUUGGCCACGCCAACGUGGUCAAGAUCCUUCUCGAAGAUGGCGCGCCCUGGAAUGCCCUCUCUCCGUCUAACCUCUCUGCUGGAGAUUUCGCCAUGGAUUCGGGUCACCAGGAAGCUUUUGAAGUCCUCCUUAAUGCUGGAAUUCAGGCUGAGUUGAUAUUGGGAACUAUAGCGAGAACGGCCAAAAAAAAUGGUGAUUCUACUGGGGAUUACUUAGACGACAGGGUCAGCUUUAGUGAAGACAAGUUGAUGGACUCCAAUAGCAAAGCUGUCAUGAUGGCUUGGGAGAAACCGUUGAUGGAGGCUCAUGCAAAAGCUGUUUGCUCGGGAGGUGGUCAUAUAUUAAACAUUGGAUUUGGAAUGGGCCUUGUAGAUACAGCAAUUCAGCAAUAUGCUCCUGUUACACACACAAUUGUUGAGGCUCACCCUGAGGUUUACAAGCGUAUGCUUCAAACUGGUUGGGGCAAGAAGGGUAAUGUGAAGAUAAUAUUUGGUCGCUGGCAAGAUGUUCUUUCUGAACUUGAACACUAUGAUGGCAUAUUCUUUGACACCUACGGAGAGUAUUAUGAAGACCUGAGAGAGUUUCACCAACAUCUUCCUAAGUUGUUGAAACCUGGUGGAAUCUACUCAUUUUUUAAUGGUCUUUGUGGAGGUAAUGCAUUUUUCCAUGUUGUUUACUGUCAUUUAGUUUCUUUAGAACUCGAGAACUUGGGCUACUCCACACAAUUGAUUCCCUUGCCUGUUAAGAAUUGUCUGGGAGAAGACGUUUGGGAAGGUGUAAGACAAAAAUAUUGGCAUCUAGAUACAUAUUAUCUUCCAGUUUGUCAACCUUUACAAGAUUCUGAAUGAUGUUUUGAAUUUGCACCAUUUUUCCCAUUUAAUGUAAGCACUGUAAUAUUUAACUAGUGUCUUUCUAUGUUUUCAGCCCUCUUCAUUUCAGUAAGAAUGGGUAGGAUGCUAUAUAUUAGAUAUUCUUAUAUUGUCUUUCUUUUUGGAUUGCUCAUGGCAUCAUAUGUUGUUGAUUGAAGACAAUGAUAAAAGUACUAAUUGCCACUAUUCGAGUCAAGAAUGCAAGGCCACCUUCUAGAUACAGAAAAAUGCACAGCGUAAGUUUUAAGUUUGUUGUGCUUGUUCAUUGUUUGUAAACAAGACAUUUUAAAAUCAACUCAACCAUGCUAUGUUUAAAAGUAUUCACAACGAAGCUGGUAUUAAAAGUGAAUGUACAAUUAGAAGUGAGGCCAGCUUUGGAGAUCAGAGCAGCUUUUACAUGAGAAUUUCCCAAGAAU